UGUUAUUUAAACCUUAUAAUUCUAUAUUUUGCCAAGAUAUAUUCACAAAAUCAAGAAACGGACUAUUGUUACGAGCCUUGCUGUAGGUAUUAUUCCUAUCAGUCAAAAUGCUGUACAAGGCCGUGUCCAUGUUGUUGUUGCAACUGGGUCUGCAUACUUUUGUUUAUACUCUUUAUUCUAAUUUUAAUGGGUGUUCUUAAGGGAAUCAUUGGACUUCUCUAUUGCUCAUGUGUAGGGAGUUGGGGUUUAAAUUUGCUUAUUGAUCUCCCAAGACCUUUGCCUAAUUAUCAAGAGCCAUGCCUUGCAUGCAGAGAAGUAGUAUAUGAUGAAGCAGGUUGGCCAGUUCAUCCUGAUACAGGAGAACGAACAGUUAAAGUCCUUACGAGACACACAGAGUUCUUCCUGAAUGUUAUAUUCUUUAUUGCUUAUCCACUGGCAAUAUUACUAAAAUUCAUAGAGAUGUCAUGCUGCAUAAGAAGCAGUUCACGAAGCGAUGAAAAGUUGGCUUAUAAACAAGUUAAUGUUAUCAAAAUGAUGGAAGGCUGCAUUUGCCCCUGCAAAUCUGAGAAAACUGGACCAGUGAUGGAUAUUUACCAAGAGGGGGACUGCAGAGAAGAUAAAGAUACAGAAUAUGUUGUGGAGAUACUUAAAGAAAGCAAGCACUCUCUCAAAGGUUCCUUUUGCGGAUUUCAUUAAAAAUAAAUAAAAUCAACCCAAUUUCUCGCUUGAAGUUUAAAAUUCAAAAUACUUAUUAGUCAUGACAAUUCCAAUGCUUUAACUAAAUGUUCAAUCCACCCAUUAAAAUUUAUUGAAAUGAA